UUCUUCGCUGAUCGAGAUACACUUGCGAACGAGUCUGGUUGGCGGCAGCACGUUUUAAAUAGUUGCUAAACUCAUUACACUGACUGUUCUUAUCCCACCUCUCUACUCGUUAUAUCGCCUACUGCGCGGCGAUGUGCACAUCGGGAAUGUGCGUGUCGUAUUCAUAAGAUAUGGAGUGGCGAACAGUGGUGACGAUAGUGCUGGUCGUAAGCCUUUGUUUUUUCAUGGUACCAAUUAGAGUGGAGCCGGAUAAAAAUGUUGAAGACGCCAAAUUGUUCGCGAAUUACAUUGACCGAUAUAACAAAUCCUACAAGGACAAUCCUGAAGAAUAUAAAAAACGGUUCGAGCGUUUUCAGAGAUCAUUGCAACAUAUCGAGAGGAUGAACGGUUUUCGCUCGUCACAAGAAAGCGCCUAUUAUGGACUGACAGAAUUCUCCGAUUUAUCCGGGGAUGAGUUCCUGGAACGAACCCUGAUGCCCGAUUUAUCCGUACGAAGUCAGAAGCACACGAGAGCGUCGUAUCAUCGUCAGCAUUCUACGGGCUCGGUUAAUCGUGUAAAAAGGAUGCCAGGGAUACUCCCUAAGUUUGACUGGCGGGACAAAGGGGUCGUGGGACCAGUUCGAAGUCAGGAGAGCUGCGGCGCGUGUUGGGCGUUCAGCACAGUCGGGGUGGCCGAAUCCAUGUACGCCAUCAAAAACGGAACUUUGUAUCCCUUUAGCGUGCAGGAAAUGAUCGACUGCAUGCCAGGCGAUUACGGGUGUCAGGGCGGUGAUAUAUGUAGCUUGCUCUCGUGGCUGCUGGCGUCAAAGACGGAAAUCAUCUCCGAGAACGAUUACCCGCUCACGUGGCGAACCGACACGUGCAGAUUAUCCAAAAUUUCUGCGAAGGCACAAAGAGGAAUCACGGUGACGGACUUCACGUGCGACAGCUUUGUAGAUGCAGAAAAAGAACUCCUAAAGACACUCGCGAUUCACGGACCCGUGGCGGUUGCCGUGAAUGCCAUGUCUUGGCAGAAUUACUUGGGCGGCGUAAUACAAUAUCACUGCGACGGAUCGUUUGAAAGCGUGAACCACGCGGUGCAAAUAGUGGGAUACGAUCUAACGGCCAGCAUACCGCAUUACAUCGUUAAAAAUUCGUGGGGCCCGACCUUCGGCGACAAGGGCUACCUUUACAUUGCACUCGGCAAAAAUCUAUGCGGUAAGAUUAAUUACAAGCGGUUUAGCAUGUGCGAUAUUUAUAGUUAUUAAAUUAUUUGUUUCAGCGAAUAAAAAUAAAUUAUUGUGUGUGUUUGCAGGCAUAGCCAAUCAGGUCUCGUCACUUGAUGUCGCAUGAUUGAUUGCAAAAUUUCAGAUCGUGCCUCUGUUUCAGGGGUUCAAGUACUCAAAA